CAAAAAAGGAGAUGUUUUGCUUUGUGCAUUGCUAGCAUCAGUGUGAUGUCACUGACUGGACUGCACACAUCCACAUUUCCAUCCAUCUGUCUGAGGAGAAACAUCCUUUGAAAAUUGAAAUUUGACUUUUGUUAUAAGUCGGAUACACUGUGCAAUCAUGCAACAAACAUUUAGAGCGGUCACAAACAACCCUGGGAUACUUAUUUGGAGAAUUGAGAAAAUGGAUCUGGUUUUGGUCCCGGAAAGUGCUCAUGGACAAUUUUAUGACAGCGACUGCUAUUUAUUGUUGCAAACACGCAAGGCUGGCAAAUCAGCAUACUAUGACAUACAUUAUUGGCUAGGUUCCAUGUCCACACAGGAUGAGCAGGGAGCUGCUGCAAUCUAUGCUAUGCAGCUGGAUGAAUUCCUGGGAACCUCACCCGUGCAGCACCGUGAGGUUCAGCACCAUGAGUCCAGCAUCUUCUGUGGAUACUUCAAACAGGGCAUCAUAUAUAAGUCAGGAGGCGUGUCCACUGGAAUGAAUCAUGUGCAGACAAACACUUAUGACAUUCAAAGACUGCUUCACGUGAAAGGAAAGAGGAAGGUGACUGGCACAGAGGUGGAAAUGAGUUGGGGAAGUUUUGACACUGGCAGUGUUUUUCUCUUGGAUCUUGGCAAGACCAUUGUCCAGUGGAAUGGGCCUGAAAGCAACAAACAAGAACGGUUGAAGGGCAUGAUGCUGGCCAAGGACAUAAGAGACCGUGAACGAGGAGGUCGGGCAGAGAUCGGGGUGAUUGAGGGAGAUGCAGAAGCAAAGUCCCCUCACCUAAUGGCCAUUAUGACCAGCAUUCUUGGUGAACGGCCCUCUGUGCUGCCCAGUGGAACGCCUGAUGAAAUAUCAGACCAGGAGCAGAUGACUAAGCUCACCCUCUACCAUGUGUCGGAUGAGAAUGGAACUAUGAAGAUCACUGAGAUCUCAACCAGUCCACUAACACAGGACAUGUUGAAUCAUGAUGACUGUUAUAUUUUGGACCAGGGGGGAAUGUCAAUAUUUGUGUGGAAAGGGAAGACCGCAAACAAAGCUGAGAGACAAGCAGCCAUGAACAGAGCUUUGGAGUUCAUUAAAAUAAAGGGUUAUGCAAAUACUACUAAAGUGGAAACUGUCUGUGAUGGAGGAGAAUCAGCUCUCUUUAAACAACUCUUCAAGACCUGGACUGUCAAAGAUCAGACAAACGGUCUGGGACGCACACAUGCUGUAGGGAGAGUGGCUGAUGUGCCUCAAGAGAAAUUUGAUGCCACUAAGAUGCAUGUGAUGCCUGAAGUUGCAGCACAGGAGCGCAUGGUGGAUGAUGGCAGUGGCAAACUACAGGUGUGGCGAAUUGAGAAUCUGGAGUUGGUUGAGGUAGAUCCUGCAAUGCAUGGAUUCUUCUAUGGAGGUGACUGCUACCUCAUUCUCUACAGCUAUGAAGUAAAUGGCAGGAACAGCUACAUUCUUUACAUGUGGAUGGGACGUCAUUCUUCUCAAGAUGAAAUUACUGCCACUGCAUAUCAGUCUGUCACUCUGGACCAGCAGUACAGCGGUCAACCUGUUCAAGUGAGGGUCUGCAUGGGAAAAGAACCUCGCCACCUCAUGGCUAUUUUCAAGGGCAAAGUGAUUAUUUUCGAGGGGGGAACUUCCAGAAAGGGGGUCUCUGAUCCGGAACCCCCUGUUCGUCUUUUCCAGAUCUGUGGCACUCACCCAACCAAUUCAAAAGCAAUAGAAGUCCCAGCUCUGUCUGCCUCUCUCAACUCUAAUGAUGUCUUUCUUUUAAAAAGCCAGUUUGGAGUCUUCCUGUGGUAUGGCAAAGGCUCCAGUGGAGAUGAAAGGGCUAUGGCAAAAGAAGUGAGCGCCUUCAUUGGUCAAGGGGCAACUGAAGAAAUCAUGGCUGAAGGACAGGAGCCAAAUGAGUUCUGGGAACUCUUAGGUGGAAAGACGACUUAUGCAAGUGACAGGAGAUUACAACAGACUGCUCCAGAUCAUCAACCCCGUCUUUAUGAAUGCUCCAAUAAGACCGGUCGGUUUAUUGCCACUGAGGUCACCCAGUUCACACAGGAUGAUCUGAGAGAAGAUGAUGUCAUGCUUUUGGAUAUAUGGGAUCAGGUAUUCCUUUGGAUAGGAAAUGAAGCCAAUGAUGUGGAGCGUAAAGAAUCUUUGACCACUUGCCAAGAAUACCUGCGGACCCAUCCUGGAGUGCGAGACCCUGACACACCUAUAAUGCUUGUGAAGCAGGGUUUUGAACCCCCGAGCUUUACUGGCUGGUUUACUGCCUGGGACCCGACAAAAUGGAGCGGUGGCAAAACCUAUGAGCAACUAAAGGAAGAGUUGGGCGAGGUCACAUUACCAACCCAAGUUGAAUCUCCAUCCAGUGAUGGAGAGCAUCAGUCGGUUUCCGAAUAUCCACCAGAAAUGCUGAUAAACAAACCGCCUGGGGAACUACCUGAGAAAGUGGACCCUGCCAACAGAGAGAAAUUUCUCUCAGAUGCUGAUUUCCAUGCCAUCCUUGGGAUGUCCAGAGACGAAUUUAACACAUUGCCUAAAUGGAAAAAGAGCAAUAUUAAGAAGGAAAAAGGGCUGUUUUAAUUUAACCUGUCUGCAGCAAAUAAAGAACGCGGUGCAUUUAAAAUAAAAAGAGCGUCUAAACCAUGUUAGACUUUAAUGCUUAGAUCAGUAAAUUUGUUGCAUUAGAAAUCUGUUGGGUGUUUUUGAAUUCCUUAAAAGUACAAAAAGUUUUGAUUAGCAAUUAUUUUUACUCGUUUUAUGUUCAAUUACUGAAUGGAUGAUGAUACCGGUGACAAAUAUAGUAACUUAUUUCAUUCAUCCACCUGAAAAUUUUUAUUGUUUUCUUCUGUAUGUGUAGUAGAAUGUAUAUCUUCACCAGAAAAGGCAUUGUUAUGUUGAUAUUUCUGGACAUUUAUAGUGAAUUUCAAGCUUAAUUGAAGAACAAAGAAAUAAAUGACAUCAAAUUAACAUAUGCACUAUUUCAUGUACUACUGCUAUCCCAGUAAGACAUUUACAGUGGCAUUGUGUUAGUCAUCAUAAAAUCACAAAUGUGAAUGCUUAUUUUUUAUAGAAUCUAAGUUUAUUAUAAAUGCUUUAUCUGUGCUGGUCAUUGUUUUUUGUUUUAUUCACAUCUUCAUAAUCUUUCA